CAACUUAUUCACUCCCUGGUUAUCUCUCGCCUUGACUAUUGUAACUCCCUCCUCAUUGGCCGACCUCAUCGCAGGCUAUCCCCUCUUCAACUCAUCCACCUUACUAACCGUUCUGUAUCUGCCACCCCUCUCUGCCAUCCCUCCAUUGGCCUCCACUCAGUGUCCUCCACCCCUCUCUGCCAAUCCCUCCACUGGCCUCCACUCAGUGUUCUCCAUCCUUCUCUGCCAAUCCCUCCACUGGCCUCCACUCAGUGUCCUGCACCCCCACUCUGCCAAUCCCUCCAUUGGCCUCCACUCAGUGUCCUCCACCCCUCUCUGCCAAUCCCUCCACUGGCCUCCACUCAGUGUCCUGCACCCCUCUCUGCCAAUCCCUCCACUGGCCUCCACUCAGUGUCCUCCAUCCCUUUCUGC